AUGAACUGCAAAAGAGUCGCUGAGUUCCUCUUUACCUAUGAAACACCAAAGAUGGUGGAAAUAACAAACUAUAAAAUAGGGAUUUUUCACAGGCUUCUUCAAAUUGCAAUAACAGUGUACGUUGUCUGCUGGGUACUGAUUUACGACAAGGGUUAUCAAGAAAACGAUGAAGUUGUGUCGUCAACUGUUACCAAGACGAAGGGACUAAUGGUUGAACGGUGGGCUCAGAACGAGGAGGAUGUAGCAAUAAUUUCCGACGCCGCAGAUAUUGUUAACCCUCCUUUGGAAAAUAAUGCGUUUUUCGUGACAACGCACCGAAUAGUUACGCCGCGACAGACAUCCAGUCGUUGUCCUGGGAUAAGAAAUAGUAAAAAAUCCUCAUGUGGACGAGAUGGUGAUUGCGAAAAAAUGCAAUUAUCCUUAUCUGAGGCAGGUGCACGAACAGGAAAGUGUGUAGAUUUUCAUGACGGGAAGGGUGUUUGCGAAAUUUACGCUUGGUGUCCUCUUGAGAAUGAUACCAUUGUUCUCAGUUACAACUUACAGACGCGCUUUGAGAUGAUUUCCAACUACACAGUCUACAUAAAAAACGAUAUUGAAUACCCAAAAUUUCAUAUAAAAAGGAGGAAUCGUGAUGCAUGGGUAUCAAACAAACCUCUCGGCUCAUGUCGUUAUAAUCCCAGUGACGAACUUGACAAAUACUGCCCCAUUUUCAGGCUUGGAACAAUUUUUGAGGAAGUUGGGCUGAAACCAUCUGCACUUACCAGGGGUGGGGUGAUUGGGAUCAUCAUCAACUGGGAUUGUAAUUUGGACUGGGGUGCCGGGAACUGCAAACCCAGCUACUCCUUCACCAAUCUAGACGUGGACAAUGACGGCAACAGUGGAUUCAAUUUUCGAUACGCAUACCGCUAUCGGGAAAACGGGACACUGUAUCGGGAUCUGGUAAAGGCUAUCGGCCUACGAUUCUCCAUAUUUGUCCAUGGGCAAGCCGGGAGGUUCAGUAUCAUUCCCCUUCUUCUCAACCUCGGCUCGGGUCUGGCACUCCUGGGCAUGGCGCCAACGAUUUGCGAUAUAAUUAUCCUGAAUAUUGUUGGCUCAAAGAACGUCUACAAGGACGCGAAAUUCGAGGUGCUCACGAAGGACGAGAUCAGCACUGGAGUGAGAAAGUCAAUUCCUCCAAGUCAUUCAAGGUAUGCGAUUGAGCUCAACUCCAGCCGUGGACAAAUGCCUCCGGCUGAGUCCCCGAAGGGCGGUGUGAACGGAGAUGAAAAUCCCGUGAGGAGGAGUUGA